UAAAGUAUCAUCUUACUCCUAUUAUGGUGCUAUAUGAUCUCUCAUAUAUUCUCUACCCUACAAUUACUUGAAUUUCUCUCUCUUAACUCAAUACUUAAUAGUUGUCUCGUAUUCCCUUUGAUUUUGGAGGGGCAAACGCAAUCAAGCCUAACAUGUUUCUCCGAUUCCCAUCCCAACAACAGAAAAAUCCAUCUCCUUGAUUGGGGCCAAUCCAUCUCCCAUGGCUUCGAAGAUUAUGAUGCCUAUUGCAUGCGCGAUGGCGAUGGUGGUCUUGUUUGCAGGCUAUGGCGCAGAAGCAUCGAUAGGCAUCAAUUGGGGAAGGGAGAGCGCCCAAAGAUUGGUCCCAUCACAAGUUGUGGAUUUGUUGUUGCAAAAUGGAAUCCGACGUGCAAGAAUCUACACCUCUCAAAGAGAUAUAUUGGCUGCGUUUGCGGGAAGUGGCAUUAACCUCACCAUUUCCUUAAUGAAACCUACCUUGAUCAAAUGCAAGGAAGCUGCAAGAGUCUGGGUCCAAAAAAAUCAUGAAUUCUUCAGUCCUUGCACCAUAAGGUCUGUAUAUUUUGGAGGGUAUCCCUUCAUUCACGGAAACGGGAAUAGGACCUUUCUGGCGUCUAUAAUCAAGGCGCAGCGUUGGGUGCAGGAGGCUCUGAACGAGCGGGGAUUCGAGGACGUGAAGGUGAACAUACAACAUCUUGAAGGGGAAUUGAAGCCCAACAUCACUAAACCAUCUCAAGCCGAAUUCAAGGACGAGAUCAAGCCAGAACUUGUGCAAUAUUUGCAAUUCCUCAGGGAAAACAACGCCCCAUUUCCAGCAGAUUAUAUCCCAAUCAUGGACAUCGUAGACCAGAAUUUUGACCUUAACUUCGCCUUCGCCGACAACAGCUCCGACCUUGUCAUCACUGACGUCAACGGGGCGGUGUACACCAACAUUGUGGAGUGGCGCUACGACUGCUACGUGUGGGCCCUCGAGAAGCUCAACUUUUCAGACAUCAAGGUAUCCGUGAGCAUGAUGGGGUGGGCCACUGACGGCUACCCUGGAGCCAACGCCACCAAUGCAGAGCGCUUUUUCAAGCACCUUCUGCCUUGGGUGACGGGCAACAAGGGCACCCCCAAACGCCCAGGGGCCCCCAUCGACACCGAUAUCCACUCCCUCACCGAUGAGACCAAAAUGAAUUCCGGCCCCUUCACUCGCCAUUGGGGCAUCUACCGCUCCAACGGCCAGCCCAAGUAUAAGAUCGAUCUCACGGGCCAAGGGCGUGACAUCUACCCCACCACGGUCCGCGGGAUCAUGCGCAUGCCCAGCCGCUGGUGCGUCUUUAGCGGGGACCGGCGGGACAUUUUCAAGGUCAGGGCCCAGCUCGAGUGGGCCUGCUCCAAGAGCGACUGCACCAGCACAUUAAUAGGAGGCUCGUGCAGCCGCCUCACAUUCGAUCAGAACGUCACCUACGCCUUCAACAUGUAUUUUCAGUUCCAUUUUCAGGACGAGGAGGCCUGCCAUUUCGACGGGUUGGGGCGUGUGGCCAUCACCGACCCCUCCACCGAGGAGUGCGUGUUCCCCGUCGAGGUGGUCAAGGGGCAGCAGGUUAACUUUGCGGUGAACAUGGCACCGCCAUCUCUCAUUGGAGAAGGGUUUCGCCUGCGGCGGCCUAGUCUUGCCUUGCAUGUAGUUUGGGUUACAAUUUUGGUGGAAUUCAUCUUGUUUUGGUUUCAAAGUGUUUGUGGGCGAUUUUGUUAUUUUUGAAGAUGUUAUAUGAGGAAAUGUGGGUAGGACAAUCUUGUAAUAAUGAGACGAUGAGAGAUUUAUGUAUAUCAAAAGGAGUUGUAAUUAUAAAUCAUUUUUUACUGAGAGAUCAUUUAUAUA